GAUGAAUUGAACAGCUCAAUGUCCGGCGUAGGUGGCCAGGAUCUGGAAAAUCUGUCAUCCAGAACCCCUGAUUUGAACAACUGGCUGAGCGCCGUGAUUACCUAUCAGGACAAUUGCAUCGACGGCUUCCCCGACGGAGAAGAGAAAACUGCGAUCCAGAACUCCCUCAAAGUCGCCGGGGAGAUUUCCAGCAACGCUCUCGCCAUCGUCUCUCAGCUCUCAUCCGUGCUUUCGAGCUUCAAAAUCCCCGAUUUCGACCUUGGUGGGCGGCAUCUCCUCGCUGAGGACGGUGAGGAGUUCCCGGAAUGGAUGGAUCACGAGGAACGCAGGAUGCUGAAGGUUGAAGCCCCCAAACAGCCCGCCAAUGCCACCGUUGCCAAGGAUGGCAGUGGAAAUUUCACAACCAUUAAUGCAGCUUUAGCUGCCAUUCCUGAGAAGUACGAAGGGCGGUAUGUAAUUUUUGUGAAGGAAGGAAUAUAUGAAGAAAAUGUAGUGGUCACUAAGAAAAUGGUGAACCUGACAAUAUAUGGAGUUGGGUCUAAGAAAACUAUCGUUACAGGGAGCAAAAAUUACGUGGAUGGAGUGUCAACAUAUCAAACAGCAACAUUUGGUACGUGCAAUAACAAAUGUUCAUUUAGAUAUGUUAUUGAACAUAAAUUAACUAGUGUUAAUAUUGGUUUUGGUAUCCAUCGUUGAAUGUUUUCAGUUUAAUCAGAGUAUUUUUUUUUUUGAAGAAUUAAUCGGAGUAUUUUUGAAGAGACUCUUCCUACAUUUCUUCUUUUCAAAUACUCUUCUGUCUCAUUAAAAUUGUCACACUUUUCCUUUUUAGUCUAUUUCAUUUGAAUUGUCUCAUUUGGUAAAUUUUGUAUAAUUAUAAAUCAUUCUUAGUUUAUUCAUAUUUUAUCAAUACAAUAUCAAUCACAUAAACUCAUUUUUUCUUAAUAAUUGCAUCACCUCUCAUAUCCCAAUAUUAAUGGAACGGAGAUAGUACUAAUAACCGUGACAAAAAAAUCUUAUUCAUGUGGGAAAAAAAACUUGAUUUGCAAAUAUUUUGUAUUUUAGUGCGAUUUGAAUUGAAUUGCAAUUUACAUAUUCUGGUUGAUUGAUAUAAAAUUAAAUUAUAUCUAUAAAUAUUUAAUUCAGUUUUAAUAGCAAAAUUUAGAAAACACAUUGACAGUCUUAUAGAGUGUCAAUUUGAGUUUGCACUUCAGUUUAUUGUCCAAAUUGGACUUUGCAUCCCGUUUUUAAAAACUUUUGUAUUUGCACCCCAACCUCAUAUGAAAAGACAAAAAUGUUCAUCCAUUAACAAGUCUGAUGGCCUUCAACAUAUUCUUGAUUGAGAGACAUGUUUGUCUUUUUAUAAAGAGUUGGGGUGCAAAUACAAAAGUUUUUAAAAACGGGGUGUAAAAUAAAAUUUGAACAAUAAAAUGGAGUGCAAAGUCAAAAAUGCAAAUUAGAACUUUAUUCUCCUAACAAUAAUAACUUCGUUUUGAUUAAUUGAAUUGUACGUGUAGCUGUGAUGGGAGAUGGAUUCUUGGGCCAAUCAAUAGGCUUCCGGAACACGGCGGGGCCGGAGAAGCACCAAGCGGUGGCGCUCAGAGUCCAAGCUGACCGGGCAAUUUUCCUCAGCUGCCGCAUGGAGGCGUACCAAGACACCCUCUACGUCCAAGCCCACCGCCAAUUCUACCGCGGCUGCUACAUCACCGGCACGGUGGACUUCAUCUUCGGCAACGCCGCCGCCGUCUUCCAGAACUGCAUGAUCUACGCGCGGAAGCCGAUGGAGAACCAGCAGAACAUCGUGACGGCGCAGGGGAGGACCGACAAGCGGCAGACCACCGGAAUCGUUCUCCAGAACUGCAAGAUUCUGGCCGACAACACCCUCGAGCCGGAGAAGGCGAAGACCAAGAGCUAUCUGGGCCGCCCAUGGAAGGAGUAUUCAAGGACGGUGGUAAUGGAGUCGGAAAUAGGCGACUUCAUCGACCCGGAAGGGUGGAUGCCGUGGAGCGGCGACUUUGCUCUGGCGACGCUGUAUUACGCCGAGUACGGAAACUCCGGCAAGGGGGCGGCGGUUACUUCCAGAGUGAAGUGGGAAGGUUAUAAAGGCGAGAUAAAGAAGGAGGAAGCCAUGGAAUAUACCAUUGGGCCAUUCUUGCAAGGGGAAACUUGGCUUAAGGCCGCCGAAUGUCCGGCCCGUUUUGGCCUCUCUGACUAAUCCGAUCAUACUCUGUUUUUUUUUUAAUUGCAGUAAUUUGCCUAUACUAGGAGAUUAUAGAAUGCAUAUACUUAACUUAAAAAAUUGUCAUGGCUAAUUUUUUCUUGUAAUUUAUAAAUCUGUAAUUAUCCAUGUUUAAUCAUAUACGAAGUAUAUAGCAGAGUACUAAAAAGGGAACGAAGAAGAAGAGAGAAAAAACAAUUGUUUGAAAUUCUAAACCCAAUUGAAUCUGCUCUUGUACUGUGUAUAAAUAUAUGGAGUAACAAUAUUUGUUAUUUAUUGUAUAUUUAUUGUAUAUAUAUACUCAAGG